AUGCCCCGGUCCCGGCCCCCCUAUCCCCCAUCACAAAAACCUCAAUGCUGGGGCUCUGCUGACUGCCUGCCCUUUCUGUUGUUACAAGACAACAACCACGACCUGCCUGCCACCACCAACACGACCACCACGCUCAGCUCCUUCCCUCACACCCAACACGAAACCACCACCACCGCCGCCGCUGCCAUCACUAGCACUAGCACUAGCAUCACCAUCAUCAUCAUCAUCAUCAUCACCACGUCCUCCACGUCCACGCCCCCGCCCACAGCCACGCCAAUGACGGCCGUCGCUCCCCCAGUCAAUUUCCAGAACAUCAAUCGCCAGGCAUGGACCGCUGAGGGCGUGCCCAACGGUGCUGCCAUCUUCAUGCCCCGUAGCGCAAAACGGUCCAACUCGUCUUCAUCUCUCUCGUCACAGGCAUCGAGCACGUCCACCCUAUCGGCCUCGUCAUCUCAGACCACCGCUUCCGCGCCGCCAAACAGCGCCGAAGCAGCCGCCUGGGCUGCACGCAAAACAAAAACACCAAAGGGACUAUGGCCGGCCACCAAAACUGAGCCCAUUGCCGGAAUCACGACUGCACGCCCCCAGCCCGUGGCUUCUGCAAGCACCGGCUCCUCGGCAGCUUCCGCCAUGAGCGCCCUGCAGGCCCCUUCGGCCAUGGUGCCCUCCCAACACAAUGGCCCUGUCCCCGCGCAGCAGCAGAACGGGGCGCCACGCCAACAGGCACAAGAGAGUGCAGCCGUCCUGCAUCUGGUCCCCAUGAACGGCACUUUUGAACGCAAGACCAUCACCGUCCCCUUCUUCCCCGAUGUCCUUCGCAUCGGCCGCCAAACCAACAACAAGACAAUACCUACCCCCCUCAACGGCUAUUUCGACUCCAAGGUUCUCUCCAGGCAACAUGCUGAAGUAUGGGCAGACCGAAAUGGCAAGAUCUGGAUACGAGACGUCAAGUCGUCCAACGGGACCUUCGUCAACGGAGCGCGACUCUCCCAGGAAAACCGAGACUCGGACCCACACGAACUCCGGGAACAAGACAUGCUCGAGCUGGGUAUCGACAUUGUGAGUGAGGACCAAAAAACCAUCGUACACCACAAGGUCGCCGCUCGCGUCGAGCAUGCCGGCAUCUAUGCUCGGACAAGCAACGACAUGAUGGACCUCAACUUUGGCGAGCUAGAAGGACCCCAGCUAGCAAACAUGAUGGGCCCAGGUGGACAACAACAAAUGGCCAACAUGCGUGGUCGUACUGCUAGUCAAGGCUCGAUCAACGGCCAGCGCCUGCAAGGCCCAGGCGCUGCUCCGAAUUACCCCAACGCUAUGCAACAACCACGGCAUCCCAACUUCUGGUUACAGCCCGUCACUAUGGAACAGGUCGUGAAGAAGCUCAAUGCCGAAAUCAAAGCCGCAAAGCAGCAGUCACAGGAGCUCCAGCAGACGCAUCAAUACAUAAACAACAUACUGGCUGCAGAUCCAAAGAAGGACGGCUUAAAAGCCUCGCCCGUCAAUCCUAUCAGAAUAUCACCCAUCAAGGAUAUCAAUAUGAAGGCUAGAUUCUCAGACCCUCCUGCACCCCCACCACAACAGCCUCUACCAGAGAAGCCUGAUGCUGCAACUUCCCUGAGAAGGUCGGAUACCGAACGUGCGAAGACUGGAUCUCCAGUUCGAUCCGAUGCCCAGCUGUCUUCACUCAACGAGGCUCUCGCCAGUGCCAAGAAGGAAAUUGAAACACAGGGCAUGCGUCUUCGCGAUCUGGAGAGCCUUUUGAAUGAGGAGCGUCGGGCAAGAGAAGAAGCUGAAGAGCGUGCUAGCCGUUUGGAGCGGGAGUCAUCAAAAGAGCAGACUGAAACGGCGGAGGCGCUUGCUAAUGGAAAUGCCGACAAGACCGAUACAGAAGACGAGCAGGAAAAGACAUCAGAGCCACAGAAGGAUGUCGCAUCACCUACCGAUACCGAGGACGCCACAGCUCGAUUGCAGCAGCGUCUGGACCUUAUGUUGACUGAAAUGAACGAAAUGAAGCAGCAGAUGGAGCGGUACCGCGAGCGAGCAGAAACGGCAGAGGCCGACCGGCAAUCAUUGGCAGAUAUGAUUGAAGCGAUCAGAAAUGAUAAUGCCAGGUCGGCAAGCAAGGAAGCUCGACGGAGGAGGCGAAGUGACAGCGAGCGCGCACGGGCACGAACGGCUGUUGGCACAGACGGCUCCGAGGAUGACGAGACCGAAGAAGGCGAGAUCACGAUUAUAAGAGAGGGGGAUGGCCCGGAGGAUGGCCCGGAGGCCCCACCCCCAGCAGCCACGACACAGAAUGGCCAUGCGGCAGAGCAAAACGGCACCAAUCACGCUUCCAAGGCUCCUAUUGGCUUAGUGACACAGCGAUCCAACCAUAACCUGUUGUACCACGGAGGCCCCGUGGGUGCCAUCGUUACCGUUGUUGCUAUCGGAGUUGCUGUUAUGGCGAUGCUGAAUCAGUAUCCCAAGACUGAUCGUUGA